UUAUUUUGAAGGCGAUGACGUAACACACCCGGAAGCGUGUGUCACCGGCUUAAGCUACACGUUUUCCUAAACCACAGAGGCUCAGCGAGUAGAGGCAGGCAGGGCACCAUGGGCGAAGAGCUGAGUCCUGAUGAGAAGUUUAACCUCAUCACUCGGAACCUUCAGGAGGUUCUGGGGGAGGAGAAGCUGAAGCUCAUUCUUAAGGAAAGAGAGUUAAAGGUGUAUUGGGGCACAGCAACCACAGGCAAGCCUCAUGUAGCCUACUUUGUCCCCAUGUCUAAGAUUGCAGACUUCCUGAAAGCUGGCUGUGAGGUGACUAUCCUUUUUGCUGACCUUCAUGCCUACUUGGACAACAUGAAGGCGCCUUGGGAGCUGCUCGAGCUCCGGGUUCAAUACUAUGAGCAGGUCAUUAAGGCCAUGUUGGAGAGUAUUGGAGUUCCUUUGGAUAAACUAAAGUUUGUCAAAGGCACAGACUACCAGCUGAACAGGGAUUACACACUAGAUGUGUACCGGCUCUCAUCCAUGGUGACUGAGCAUGAUGCGAAAAAGGCUGGGGCUGAAGUAGUGAAGCAGGUGGAGCAUCCUCUCCUGAGCGGCCUGCUCUACCCCGGAUUACAGGCACUGGAUGAGGAGUACUUAAAGGUAGAUGCUCAGUUUGGUGGCGUGGACCAGAGGAAGAUCUUCACUUUGGCUGAAAAGUACCUCCCCUCUCUAGGUUACGCUAAGCGGAUCCACAUGAUGAACCCCAUGGUGCCCGGCCUAACUGGAGCCAAGAUGAGCUCUUCUGAAGAGGAAUCCAAGAUAGACCUACUUGACAAGAAAGAGGAUGUAAAGAAGAAACUGAAGAAGGCCUUCUGCGAACCUGGCAAUAUCCAAAACAAUGGAGUCCUUUCUUUUGUCAAGCAUGUCCUCUUCCCGCUGCAUUCUGAAUUUGUGAUUAAAAGAGAUCCUAAAUGGGGUGGAGACAAAGUUUACACGUCAUAUGAGGAAGUAGAGAAAGACUUUGCUGAGGAGCAAAUCCAUCCUGGUGAUUUAAAGGCAUCAGUAGAGGUGGCCCUGAACAAACUUCUGGAUCCCAUCAGGAAAAAGUUUGAGACACCAGAGUUGAAGAAACUGUCCAGUUCAGCCUAUCCCUCAAAAAACAAGACGGCAGCAAAAGUGAACCCCAAAAAGGCAGAAGAGGAGGAUGAGAUCAUCCCAUCCAGACUGGAUCUCCGAGUGGGCAAAAUUGUUGGUGUAGAGAAGCACCCAGAUGCAGACACUCUUUAUUUAGAGAAGAUUGAUGUUGGAGAAGAGCAGCCUCGGACUGUUGUGAGCGGACUGGUGGCCUACGUUUCCCAGGAGGAGCUACAGGACCGACUUGUGGUAGUGCUGUGCAAUUUGAAGCCUCAGAAGAUGCGGGGGAUCGAGUCUCAGGCUAUGCUGCUCUGUGCGUCAGUUGAGGGUGAGCCCAAAAGAAUAGAGCCUUUGGAUCCACCUGAAGGAUCAGCACCAGGGGAACGUGUCUUUGUAGACGGAUAUUCGUCAGGGACACCAGAUGAUGAACUCAAGCCAAAGAAGAAGGUGUUUGAAAAGAUUCAGGUGGACAUGAAGAUCUCAGAUGAGUGUAUAGCUCAAUGGAGCAAGAAAGAUUUGAUGACCAAACUAGGAAAAAUCACCUGUAAAACAUUGAAGGGUGGCAGCAUUUGCUAAAUAUUCUUUCCCUUUUCUUCAAAACACCUAAUCUUCAAAACUUCAAAUCUUUCAUUUCCAUAAUAAUGCACAUCAUUCAGGCCUUUAUGAAAAUCAAGGAUAAUAACUUGGUGAAGGUAAAGUGUCUUCAUAGAGCUUCGUUCAUCUCUCACAUACUGUUAUGUCACUUGCUGCUAAAACAAUCUAAGAGCACUUGAUCUGAACAUCAUGCUGAAACUCUAUGCCACACAUCGCUUGUACCGAUGUCCAUAAUAUCCCGUGUUUGGAUUAGGUAAUAUGUGUAAUCUGUUACUUGUCAUGACAGGUUUUCUUAUAGUGGCAUUACAUCAGAAGUCACCUCAGAUUCCAUUAAUGAGUAAAUAAAGGUAUGAAGAUGUUAAAGUACAGGGAAACAGAAGCAUUGCGUACUUACAUUCAAGAUAUGAAAUCAUAAUGUAACCAAACCCAUACAAAAUAAAUAUGUUCAAUUAAGAAA